UAAUAAAUUCCAAAGUGAGGCGCUACCACAGAAAAACCUAACCUUUAUAUAGUCUGACCUGCCCAGCCAACUUCGCCAAUAUUCGGCGUUCGCCGACCGCUUUUCCAAAUAUCUACUGCUUUUCAGUUUUCUCUUAGCCUUCGGAAGUAGUUUCUUGUUGAGCACAAGCUUUUGCACAAAAGGCAAAGCUGAGAGGACAACUUCCACUUUCCGGAACAGGCUUGCCUUUGGAAGCCCGUGCAUCAAAGCCCCGACUCUUCUAUCAUCUAACACCAGAAUCGAAGCUCUUCGGCUAUCCGUGGGCUUAGUGCAGGUCAAUAGAAUCCGGGUGUCCAUACAAGUCAUAAACUCUCCCUUCCAGCCUCCGUGUGUGUGUUCUUCUUACCUAACUUCUUCCAAUAAUGAAGCACUACAGGCCUCCAGGAAAGAAGAAGGAAGGGAAUGCAGCAAAGUACAUUACUAGGUCGCAAGCAGUCAAGCUACUUCAAGUCAGUCUGCCCCUUUUCAGAAAACUAUGUAUUUUAAAGGGCAUCCACCCCCGGGAGCCGAAGAAGAAGGUGAAAGGAAAUCACCACACCUAUUAUCAUCUAAAGGAUAUUGCAUUCAUUCAACAUGACCCUCUGCUUGAGAAAUUUAGAGAACAAAGGGCAUAUGAAAAGAAAAUAAAAAAAGCCAAGGCAAAGAAGAAUCAAGAACGUGCAAAUCGUUUAGAGUUACGAAGACCUGAUUAUAAACUUGAUAGACUUGUUCUGGAAAGGUAUCCAAAAUUUGUUGAUGCACUCAGAGAUUUGGAUGACUGUCUCACAAUGGUGCACCUUUUUGCAGCUUUACCUGUAUCAGAUAGGAAGAAAGUUGAAGCAGAGCGGGUCCAUAAUUGUAGAAGGUUAAGUCAUGAAUGGCAAGCUUACAUUUCUCGUACUCAUAGAUUGCGUAAAGUAUUUGUAUCUGUUAAAGGCAUAUAUUAUCAGGCAGAAAUUCAGGGGCAAAAGAUUACAUGGUUGACCCCCCAUGCUUUGCAGCAAGUUUUACCUGAUGAUGUAGAUUAUACUGUUAUGCUUACAUUCUUGGAAUUCAAUGAGACCCUUCUUGCCUUUGUGAAUUGCCAUCUAUAUCACACCAUAAAUGUAACGUAUCCACCAAUACUUGAUCCUAGGUUGGAAGCUUUUGCAGAAGAGCUUUAUGCAUUAUCAAGAUGGUUUGCUGCUACCUCUAGCACCUCCAUGGUAGACUCUGAAGCUUCUGGUUUGUCUGGAUCUGAACAAGUCAAGAGUGAGCAGGAAACUUCAUUAAAUGAGUCCGAACUAAGACUUGCCCAACUUCAGCAUCAACUCCCUUCCAAUGAACCUGGUGCAUUAAUGCACCUUGUUGAAGAUCUUUCUGGUGAGGAUGAAGAGGAUGAAGAUACAAGGGAAUGUAAGAAACUCUUCAGGACCAUGAAAUUCUACUUGAGCCGUGAGGUUCCUCGAGAGUCGUUACUUUUUGUUAUUCCUGCAUUUGGUGGCAUGGUAUCUUGGGAAGGAGAUGAUGCUCCAUUCGGUGAAGGUGAUGAAAAUAUUACACAUCAGAUUGUUGACAGGCCAACACAGGCUCAUAGAAUCCUUUCCAGGGAAUAUGUUCAACCACAAUGGAUUUAUGAUUGUAUAAAUGCACGUAUCAUUUUGCCGACUGAGGGUUAUUUGGUUGGAAGGGUUCCUCCACCACAUUUGUCGCCUUUUGUUGACAAUGAUGCAGAGGGAUAUGUUCCAGAGUAUGCUGAGACCAUUAAAAGGUUGCAGGCUGCAGCGAGAAAUGAAGUCCUUCCAUUACCAGGCAUUGGCAAAGAUGAUCUGGAAGAUCCUCAGAAUCUACUGGCUGAAGGUGUUAUUGAUCGAGCUGAGGCUAAAGAAGCUGCUGAGAGAAAGCAAAUGAUGAUGACCCUCGAGAAGCAGUAUCAUGAUGAAUUGAAAAAGGAACUUCAUGGUGUCCAAUAUUCUUCGUCUGUCUCCAAUAUGCAAAGUUCUUUUGGGGAGGAGAUGGAGGAGGGUAAGGAAGAAGCUCUUCCUGAUAUGCAACAAAUUGCCGAGGAUACUGAAAACUUGUCAAAGAUUGUGAUGCCACGUAAAAAGAGGGGUCUUUACGAAGCCAUGCAGAUUGGCAAAGAAAGAAAGCGGGCACAUGUUGCUCUUCUCGAGGAACGGAAGAAAAAGAUCAAAGAAUCUCAGAAAUCAAAUGGCAAUUGAAAAUUAUCCACCAUAAUUUUGUUUUAUUUAUUGUCUACUUUCUGAUAUCUGUAAUAGCCGGUAGGAGAUCUAGUAAAGUUUCUAUGAUGUUACUGAAGCUUUUUAGCGUGACAUGGUAAUACUGCCAAUUAGAAUUGUGGUUGGCUAAAGUUUUUUCAAAAAAGAUAUUCGACAAUUGCCUU